GAAACUUGUGUCGCAGUAAAGAAGGAGGAGGGGAUGGUCCGAGUCAAGCCCGAGCCAGCCUCGGCGAAAAAGGCUGCGCCCCGCUCUUGCGAGGCCCCAAAGCCGCUCGUGGGGAACCUCGGAGUUCCCCGAUAGCUCCGGCGAGGUCCCGGCCGCGUCAGACAGUUGCCAAGAGUCUGCCUUGUCUAGCAGGCCUAGUUGCUAGGGCCUCCAUCUUGGGGACCCGGGGCCACCGCGCCCCCGGAAGGGGUUGCGAGUGGGGCAUUCACUUCCGGUCUGGGGCCUGCGGCGGCAGCGGUGGCGGCGGCGGCGGCGGCAGCGGGACGGUGUAGAAAAUGGCGCUGGUGCAGCGGCUCGGGCCUGUCCCCGCGGCGCUGCGGAGGGCUUGAGGCUUGCGAGCCUCGUUCCCCGCGCCCCACGCGCUAGUGCACUUUACACACAUGAGAGAAUUGGAAGCUAAAGCUACCAAAGACGUAGAGAGAAAUCUUAGCAGGGAUUUAGUGCAAGAAGAAGAACAGUUGAUGGAAGAAAAGAAAAAGAAAAAAGACGACAAGAAAAAGAAGGAAGCUGCUCAAAAGAAGGCCACUGAACAAAAAAUCAAAGUGCCAGAACAGAUAAAGCCCAGUGUAAGCCAGCCUCAGCCUGCCAACUCUGAUAACGGCACUUCCACAGCAACCAGCACUAAUAAUAAUGCCAAGCGAGCUACAGCCAGCAAUCAGCAGCCGCCGCCGCAGCAACAGCAGCAGCAGCAGCAGCAGCAAGAGCAGCAGCAGCAGCCACAAGCCUUGCCUCGGUAUCCGCGUGAAGUACCUCCAAGAUUUCGCCACCAGGAACACAAACAGCUUCUAAAGAGGGGUCAGCAUUUUCCUGUCAUAGCAGCAAACUUGGGAUCUACUGUUAAGGUGUUAAACAGCCAGUCAGAAAGCAGUGCUGUAACAAAUCAACAGCCACAAAAUAACGGAGAGGUGCAAAACAGCAAGAGCCAGUCAGAUAUAAAUCAUAAUACUUCAGGAUCCCAUUAUGAAAAUUGCCAGCGGGGACCUGUGUCUUCUACAAGUGACUGUAGCACAAGCUGUAAGAAUGCUGUAAACGACUUGUUGGAAAAAGAAGCAUGGCCCUCAGCCCCUGGCAGUGAUCCUGAGUUGGCUUCAGAAUGUAUAGAUGCUGAUUCUGCCUCCAAUUCUGAGUCAGAGAGAAACAUCACUGUCAUGGCUUCAGGGAACACAGGUGGUGAGAAAGAUGGCCUUCGGAACAGCACUGGACUCAGUUCUCAAAGCAAAUUUGUGGUCGGUAGCAGCAGCAAUAAUGUGGGCCAUGGAAGUAGUACUGGCCCAUGGGGCUUUCCUCAUGGAGCCAUAAUAAGCACAUGUCAGGUCUCUGUGGAUGCUCCUGAAAGCAAACCAGAAAGUAGUAACAAUAGAAUGAAUGCUUGGGGCACUGUAAGUUCUUCAUCAAAUGGAGGGUUAAAUCCAAGCACUUUGAAUUCAGCUAGCAACCAUGGUGCCUGGCCAGUAUUAGAAAACAAUGGACUUGCCCUAAAAGGGCCUGUAGGGAGUGGGAGUUCUGGCAUCAAUAUUCAGUGUAGUACCAUAGGCCAAAUGCCUAACAAUCAGAGUAUCAACUCUAAAGUCAGUGGCUCUUCUACCCAUGGUACCUGGGGUAGCCUUCAGGAAACUUGUGAGCCUGAAGUAAGUGGUACACAGAAGGUUUCAUUCAGUGGUCAACCUCAGAAUAUCACCACUGAAACGACUGGACCAAAUAACACUACUAACUUUAUGACCUCUAGUUUACCAAACUCCGGUUCAGUACAAAAUAAUGAACUGCCUACUAGUAAUCCAGGGGCCUGGCGUGUGAGCACAAUGAAUCAUCCUCAGAUACAGGCUCCGUCAGUUAUGAAUGGCACUUCCCUUUCUCACCUUAGUAAUGGAGAGUCAAAAACUGGAGGCUCCUACGGUACUACAUGGGGUGCCUAUGGUUCUAAUUACUCUGGCGACAAAUGUGCAGGCCCUAAUGGCCAAGCCAAUGGUGACACUGUGAAUGCAACUCUAAUGCAGCCUGGCAUAAAUGGGCCUAUGGGCACUAACUUUCAAGUUAAUACAAAUAAAGGGGGCGGUGUAUGGGAGCCUGGGACAGUGAAUUCCCAGAGUUCACCAUGGGGAAGUGGAAAUGGUGCAAAUUCUGGAGGAAGUCGGAGAGGAUGGGGAAGUCCUGCACAGAACACUGGCACUAGUCUAUCCAGUGUAGAGUGGAACAAACUGCCUAGCAACCAGCAUUCCAAUGACAGUGCAAAUGGCAAUGGUAAGAAGCUUACAAAUGGAUGGAAAUCUACUGAGGAAGAUGAUCAGGGUUGUGCCACAUCUCAGACGAAUGAACAAAACAGUGUGUGGGCCAAAGCAGGAGGCACAGUGGAGAGUGAUGGUAGUGCAGAGAGCACUGGGCGCCUUGAAGAGAAAGUAACCGGGGAAAGUCAGAGUAGAGAUAGAAGAAAAAUUGAUCAGCACACAUUACUCCAAAGCAUUGUAAACAGAACUGACUUAGAUCCACGUGUCCUAUCCAACUCUGGGUGGGGACAGACUCCUAUUAAGCAGAAUACUGCCUGGGAUACAGAGACAUCACCAAGAGGGGAAAGAAAGACUGACAAUGGAACAGAGGCCUGGGGAAGCUCUGCAACACAGACUUUUAACUCAGGGGCAUGUACAGAUAAGACUAGCCCUAAUAGUAAUGAUACCUCAUCUGUAUCAGGGUGGGGUGAUCCCAAACCUACUCUGAGGUGGGGAGAUUCCAAAGGCUCAAACUGCCAGGGGGGGUGGGAAGAUGAUUCUGCUGCUACAGGAAUGAUCAAGAGCAAUCAGUGGGGGAAUUGCAAAGAAGACAAGUCUGCAUGGAAUGAUUCGCAAAAGAACAAGCAAGGCUGGGGUGAUGGACAAAAGUCAAGCCAAGGUUGGUCUGUUUCUGCUAGUGAUAACUGGGGAGAAUCUUCCAGGAGUAACCAUUGGGGUGAGGCUAACAAGAAAUCCAGCUCAGGAGGCAGUGACAGUGACAGGUCCAUUUCUGGUUGGAACGAACUUGGGAAAACUAGUUCUUUUACUUGGGGAAAUAAUAUAAAUCCAAAUAACUCAUCAGGAUGGGAUGAAUCUUCUAAACCUAGUUCUUCCCAGGGAUGGGGAGACCCUCCAAAGUGUAAUCAGUCUCUAGGUUGGGGAGAUUCAUCAAAACCAGUUAGUUCUCCAGAUUGGAACAAGCAACAAGACAUUGUUGGAUCAUGGGGAAUCCCACCAGCCACCAGCAAGCCUCCUGGUACAGGCUGGCUUGGGGGACCUAUUCCUGCUCCAACAAAGGAGGAGGAACCCACAGGCUGGGAGGAGCCAUCCCCAGAAUCUAUACGACGAAAAAUGGAGAUAGAUGAUGGAACUUCAGCUUGGGGAGAUCCAAGCAAAUACAACUACAAAAAUGUGAACAUGUGGAAUAAGAACAUCCCGGAAGGCAGCAGCCGCUCAGACCAGCAAGCACAGAUGCACCGGCUAUUGCCAGCUGCAAGUGCAGUCUCAAGCAAGGAGACCAGCAGUGGCUCUGGCUGGGGUGAACCUUGGGCAGAGCCUUCUACUCCAGCCACGACUGUGGAUAAUGGUACUUCAGCCUGGGGCAAGCCCAUAGACAGUGGUCCCAGCUGGGGAGAACCCAUUACUGCAGCAUCCAGUGCAUCCACGUGGGGCUCCAGCUCUGUUGGUCCGCAAUCAUUAAGCAAAUCUGGGCCCAAAUCUAUGCAAGAUGGCUGGUGUGGUGAUGAUAUGCCAUUGCCUGGAAGUCGCCCCACUGGCUGGGAAGAGGAAGAGGAUGUAGAGAUUGGAAUGUGGAACAGUAACUCAUCUCAAGAGCUUAACUCAUCUUUAAAUUGGCCUCCAUAUACCAAGAAAAUGUCAUCAAAGGGUCUGAGUGGCAAAAAAAGGAGAAGGGAAAGGGGAAUGAUGAAAGGCGGAAACAAACAAGAGGACGCAUGGAUAAACCCCUUCGUUAAACAGUUUUCAAAUAUCAGUUUUUCGAGAGACUCACCAGAAGAAAAUGUACAGAGCAAUAAGAUGGAUCUUUCUGGAGGAAUGUUACAAGACAAGAGGAUGGAGAUUGAUAAACAUAGCCUGAAUAUUGGUGAUUACAAUCGAACGGUCGGGAAAGGCCCUGGGUCUCGGCCUCAGAUUUCCAAAGAGUCUUCCAUGGAGCGCAAUCCUUACUUUGAUAAGAAUGGCAAUCCCAGUAUGUUUGGUGUUGGAAACACAGCAGCACAACCCCGGGGCAUGCAGCAGCCUCCAGCACAACCUCUCAGUUCAUCUCAGCCUAAUCUUCGUGCUCAAGUGCCUCCUCCAUUACUCUCCCCUCAGGUUCCAGUUUCAUUGCUGAAGUAUGCACCAAACAACGGUGGCCUGAAUCCGCUCUUUGGCCCUCAACAGGUAGCCAUGCUGAACCAGCUAUCCCAACUAAACCAGCUUUCUCAGAUCUCCCAAUUACAGCGAUUGUUAGCGCAGCAGCAGAGGGCACAGAGUCAGAGAAGCGUGCCUUCUGCUAACCGACAGCAGCAAGACCAGCAGGGUCGACCUCUUAGUGUGCAGCAGCAGAUGAUGCAACAGUCUCGUCAACUUGAUCCAAGCCUGCUGGUGAAGCAGCAGACUCCGCCUUCUCAGCAGCCGCUCCAUCAGCCAGCCAUGAAGUCCUUCCUUGACAAUGUCAUGCCCCACACUACACCUGAGCUGCAGAAAGGCCCAUCGCCAGUAAAUGCUUUCAGCAACUUUCCUAUAGGCUUGAACUCAAACUUGAAUGUAAAUAUGGAUAUGAACAGUAUUAAAGAGCCACAGUCUCGACUAAGGAAGUGGACAACAGUGGACAGCAUGUCUGUGAACACGUCGUUGGAUCAAAACUCCAGCAAACAUGGUGCUAUUUCAAGUGGUUUUAGGCUGGAAGAGUCUCCAUUUGUUCCCUAUGACUUUAUGAAUAGCAGUACUUCACCAGCCAGUCCUCCAGGUUCAAUAGGAGAUGGCUGGCCACGUGCCAAAUCGCCUAACGGCUCUAGCAGUGUUAACUGGCCACCAGAAUUUCGCCCUGGUGAACCAUGGAAAGGUUAUCCAAACAUUGACCCUGAAACUGACCCUUACGUCACUCCUGGCAGUGUCAUAAACAGUCUUUCAAUUAAUACUGUGCGGGAAGUUGACCACCUCAGGGACAGGAACAGUGGGUCAUCCUCAUCCUUGAACACCACGCUGCCUUCAACUAGUGCCUGGUCAUCCAUUCGUGCCUCCAACUAUAAUGUUCCCCUCAGCAGUACAGCACAAAGCACUUCAGCCAGAAAUAGUGAUUCCAAAUUGACGUGGUCUCCUGGUUCAGUUACAAACACCUCUCUGGCUCAUGAGCUGUGGAAAGUCCCUUUGCCACCUAAAAACAUCACUGCUCCGUCCCGCCCACCUCCGGGGCUGACUGGUCAGAAGCCACCCUUGUCUACGUGGGAUAAUUCUCCCCUUCGUGUAGGUGGAGGAUGGGGAAAUUCUGACGCCAGAUAUACCCCAGGCUCCAGCUGGGGUGAGAGCAGCUCAGGGAGAAUAACCAAUUGGCUUGUUCUGAAGAACCUCACACCUCAGAUUGACGGCUCAACUCUGCGCACCCUGUGCAUGCAGCAUGGCCCACUGAUUACAUUCCAUCUGAACCUCCCACAUGGAAAUGCUCUGGUCCGUUACAGUUCAAAAGAAGAGGUAGUGAAGGCACAAAAGUCUCUGCACAUGUGUGUGCUGGGGAACACUACUAUUCUCGCGGAGUUUGCCAGUGAAGAGGAGAUCAGUCGCUUCUUUGCACAAAGUCAGUCUCUGACCCCUUCUCCUGGCUGGCAGUCUCUCGGGUCCAGCCAGAGCCGGCUGGGCUCCCUCGACUGUUCCCACUCAUUCUCCAGCCGGACUGAUCUCAAUCACUGGAAUGGUGCUGGGCUGUCGGGAACUAACUGUGGAGACCUUCACGGCACUUCCCUCUGGGGGACCUCACACUAUUCCACAAGCCUGUGGGGUCCCCCAAGCAGCAGCGACCCCCGGGGAAUUAGCAGCCCAUCCCCCAUUAAUGCUUUUCUUUCUGUUGACCACCUGGGUGGGGGUGGAGAGUCCAUGUAAUUGCAUAGGUGUAGACGUAAACUGUGACCUCAAGAAGAGAAAGAAAGGAGCACUAAGUUGGGCUCGCCGCCUGCAGCCAGGGCCACCUGUGGGAACAGCUGUUUUCUGCACAUUUUCCACUUUGUUUUCCCCAAAACAUAUCAGUUUGAAUACUUGAAUCAUGCAGGCCAAUAUUAUAAUGUGAAAGGGUAUCUAUCUAUUUACACUCCCAAAUAGCGCCAUACAGCUAACCGUGUGGAAUGAGCUCACUUGUGUAUUCAUCAUGUUUAGCCUUCCGAUUCCUUCUUUCCUUCAUUUCCAUCCCCCAUCCCCACCUUUUAUUUUUUUUUUGUAUUUUUUUUGCAAAACCGUUUUUGGGCUGAUGUAUGAGCUUUUACCUUUGCACUGAGUGAUGUUCUCUCCGUCUAAUCGGCAAUAUGGGGGGGCAGCUGUUCCAGUGUAAAUGUUUACUCAAGGAUGUUCUUCAAGGCGUGCGCUCUCUACUCUGCCUCAUGUUGCCUACCUUAGUGUGGUAUCGUGGAGUUUAAAAGAUCAAGUGAAGAUACUGACGUAGGAUUCUUAAUGAAAGUAUUGCACCAGUUUUUUCAUGUUGUAAAACUAAAGAAUUUCGCUCUACAGUUUGAGAAACUGUGGCCACCGCUGUGACCUGCAGCCCGCCUGCUGCCCAGGACGGGCCCUGCACUUUGAACAGGCUUUCCAUGUUGUUUUGAAGGUUCCCACGGUGAACCUUCUUGUUUACAGAUUUUUUGUUUGUUUUUUGAGAAAAAAAAAUGUUUACUCUUCCAUCAUUUAAAAAAAAAUUAAAAGACAAAAAAAAAAAAAGAGGAGGGUGAUUUAAAAGACGCUUUCUAUCUCUGGGAAAAAGAGCAGCAUUUGGCCAUGUUCUUCUGUUUUCUAUUCCUGUCCUAAAUCAAAGAGCAUGGUUCUCAGGAAACCAGUUCCCCGGUCAAAAAAAUCUUGUAGUUUCUUAUAGGAAAGAAGAAAACCCAACUUUUAGCACUGAUACUACGUAUUGCUCUGUUCAAGAUUUUCUCUGCCAAAAAAAAGAAAAAAAAAAGAAAAGAAAAAAGAAAAAAACGCGCUUCGAGCUGGAGUUGCUGUCUGCUUUCAGAUGCUGUCCUUUAGUAGUGAGUGAUGAUGGUUUGCUAAUCGCUAGGUGACUUUUGUAACCCCAUCAGUGGCUCUCAUGUCUCUGCUCUCUUGUGACUGUGUUCAUGUUUAACUGUUGUACCUUAAAGCCGAGAUCAGUAACUAUGCAUACUGUAACCAAGACAUUGGGCUUACAGAGUUGUUUGUUGUAUAAAAAAUUUUAAAUGUUGUUGCAAACUAACGAGUUACACCAUUUUAAAAUUUCUUUCCUCCCUAGCCCCUGUUGUUUUGCCCACAAAUGGUAUUAUAAUGCUUGCUUAGUCGAAGAGAGACUAAACAAGGGUAAACUCUUAACAGUAAAGAAUAUGCCAUCAUUUCAUUGCCUUGAUUCUAACUGUUUGUGUCCUAAGAUGCAAAAGAGGUCAGUGGCUUUUAACUGUUUACAAAUAGGAUGUGAUUGUAAAUGUACAGUUUGGUUGUGUUUGAAUUAUGAAAUCUUCAGAUAAUAAACCAUGACUUUUUGGCUGCUCAACAUUAAUUGUCUCUUUUUUGUGGAUUUAUUUGUAGGCUCUUUUAUAAUGAAAGUUACAAAGUUGCUGCAUGUGAGAAUUCUUCUCAUAGAGCAGCAGAUUAAAAAUCUAAGCAAAUAUUUGAACGUUUUACCUGAACUUCUCCACAAUCACCCUGAGAUAAUGUGAGAACAGUGGGAACUGUAGCUUGCUCCCUCCUCCCCUGAGCAUCUGGGAGCUUGUUGCUCAAAGCUCUUCUCUGGCUUCACCUUCCCCACCAUCUGUGCCCAUCUCAAGCCUCAUCGGGACCAUUCGGACACGAAGCUUACUGACUUGACAGCGUCCUAGCGUUAACCUCUCAUACCUCACACAGUGGGGAUGCCACCACCUGGACUGGCCUCUCUUCCCCGUGCCCUUCGUCCCUCCUCACUGCAGGAGCUUUGGGCCAAGAACCUGUAUGACUUCAAACCACGCUCCACUUGCCAGGUGUAAGCUAAUGUUGGACACCGUAACCUAAGCAAAUGUUUAAUGCAUUCGGUGUGUGUUGAUGUCCAUACUGGUUUUUCCAAAAACCAAAGGUAGCUUUGAAAAACCAUGUGUGAAGAUGUUUGGAGCGUUAAGCUGAGUGACCGUUUGGGGCUUUGAGUAGUAUGUAACUGACUUCAUGACUUCGUUAAUUGUAUUGUUAAAAGUGUUUGGGAGUUUUUUGCGCUUGUUAUGUGGAAAUAAAGUGUUUGAUUUAAAAAGUA